AUGGACUAUAAUGAAUAUGUUGAAUCCUUACUAAUCCCAAUAGAAGACAUAGCAUUAGCCACCAACAACUUCGCUGAUGAUAAUCUCCUCAAACGUGGUACAUAUUAUGAUGUUCACAAAGGGAAACUCUUGCAUUCUGGGGAUUUAAUCAAUAUUGUUGCUAGGAAAUGUAAGGAAUUCAGCUUUCUUUUCAACGAGUUAGUGCUUCUUAAAGAUCUCAAACACAAAAAUAUCGUUUCUAUAUAUAAGUUGGCUGCUGGGGAAGAUGAUAGAUUCAUCAUCAACAAAUAUGAGGCCAAUGAAAGUCUACACAAACAUCUUGGUAGUCCAACACUCACUUGGAUGCAUAGAUUGCUUAUAUGUGCCGGGGUCGCACAUGCAUUGAGUUACCUUCAUUAUGAUGCAGCAGAAAAUCAUUAUUUCAUACAUGGUAACAUUAAAAGCUCCAAAAUUUUACUAGAUCACAACUGGGAACCCAAGUUACAUGGUUUUGCAUUUGCUGUUGAAGUUAGAAAACAUCAUCUUCACCUUACCAGCAAGUACAAUGGCUCAUUGCAUUAUAUGGACCCGGCAUUUGAAGACACAAGAGGUUUGAAUCAUAAGUCAGACAUUUUCUCCUUUGGCGUUGUGUUGUUUGAAGUCUUGUUUGGGAGAGAAGCAUAUAUUCAAGACGAUGAUAAUUGGUAUUUUGCUCGAAUGGCAAGAGCACAUUAUGAAGAGAGAGAACUUGAUAAUUUGAUAGAUCCUGAUCUUCAGAAACAAAUGAACGUGCAAUCAUUGAACAUGUUCGCUGAAAUUGCAUAUUGUUGCAUAAAGGAGAAGCGAUCACAGCGUCCCGACAUGAAUACGAUACGCACAAGACUUGAGAGAGCAUUGGAACUUCAACGCAAACAUGAACAAACAACACUUGUGGCCGUUGAAGGUACAACAUCCAACCAUUUGAAGGGGAAAAGCUUGGAUCACUUGAGACUAAGAUUGAGUGACAUAGAGUUGGCCACUGGAUAUUUUUCUGAAACCUACUGCAUUGGGUCAGGUGGAUAUGGUAUGGUGUACAAAGCAAAACUUGACCAUUUUGAUGGUAUAAAUGCUUUGGAAAUUGAAGGAAAGAGUAAAGGUGAAUUGCAUAAGAAAUAUAGUUCUGUGGCUAUCAAGCGCCUCUAUAGUAGAGUAGACAGACAAGGAGAAAACGGGUUUGUUGCAGAAAUUAGAACACUUAGUAAUUGUAAGCAUCCGAACAUUGUCCCACUUUUAGGAUUUUGUGACGAAGGACGUGAGUUGAUUCUCGUUUACGAGUAUGUUGCUAAUGGAAGUCUUGAUGAUUAUUUGGGUAACAUGGAUAACGUGACUAAUCUUGUUUGGGCUCAACGUUUACAAAUAUGCCUAAAUAUAGCACAUGGAUUAAAUUAUCUUCACACCCAUAUAAGUGACAAACCCAUGAUAAUACAUCGAGAUAUAAAAAGUGCAAACAUCUUAUUGGAUGAUACUUGGAUGGCAAAGAUAGCCGACUUUGGGCUUUCGAAGUUACAGUGUACAAAUCAACAAGGUACCACCCUUAUUACCAACAAUGUUGCCGGUACAGAAGUGUACUUAGAUCCAGAAUAUGUGAACACUGGGAAGUUGAAAAAGGAAUCAGAUAUUUACUCUUUUGGAGUAGUUCUGUUUGAAAUAUUGUUUGGGAGGUUGGCAUAUGAUCAAAUCUAUGGUGAGAAAGGGCUUCCAUCAGUAGCUCGACAACGCUACAAUGAAGGAACACUGAAGGGAAUGGUAGAUCCAAAAUUAAUGGAAGCUGAUGAAAUCAUUUCUAUGCUAAAAGGGGGUGUCAAUCAGGACUCUAUAGAAUCGUUUUUAAAAAUUGCAUAUCAAUGUUUGGCCGAAACUCAAUCCGGGCGUCCGACUAUGGAAGUCAUCAUCAAAGAACUUGAAGAAGCAUUGAAUUUUCAAGUAAGUAACCUGUUUCAAAAUGUGACUUCCUUAUUCGUAAAUUAG